ACGAGCAUGAACGACACACAUGCACAGUCCCUUGUUGUGGUAAAGGCUGUAGCUAUAAAUAAAUCCCCAAAAUCUUCAAGGCCUUACCGCGCGGUUUCAACAGGUACGUGACAUAUUGUAUGUUUACUAGUGAUGUUUCGGAAGCUUACGAAACUCUGAAACGCGGCAAUCUAACCGAUCAGCAAAAGUUAGACCAACUCCUUAAUAACAUCGACUUGCAGCAUGGUUCUGCGACAGACAUGUUGCUAAGGAUGAGAGAAGUCAUUGGCCAGAGAACUUUCGAUAAUGGCCUAUUUAAACAACUUUUCUUACCUAAACUUCAUCAACGGGUGCAUGCUGUGCUUGUGUCGUCUCAAAACAUCGCCGUAGAUGAUCUGGCUACAUCUGCCGACCGCAUUUUUAAGGUCACUAGAUCUUCUAAUUUAUAGGUUUUUUCAGUUAAAGAAAAAAACCUCAAGCGACACAGAAUGACAAUACAAAAUUAUAUCACACAUUUACACGUUGUCUUAGAUUUUUUAAUGACCACAAAGAGUCACAAUUCCUGCGAAGAAGCACUUCAUGUAGGCUAUCUCUCUAGACCGUUAGAGACGGAUAACCCCAACUGAUGCUGACAUCAUAACCAGUAUGGGAUGUCUUCCAGAAAUUGCAGAAAACCCUGCAAUUAUCCGAACUCAAAAUCGACUGACGAAAAAUCGGGAGACUUCCCAGCUGGCACGCGGUAAUGUCAACCGUAGUCGGCGAACACAGUCGUCUGUCAUACGUCUCAGAUGUGGUGACGAAAGUUCGCUACCUCGUCGACACUUCUGCAAAAGUUAGCGUUCUUCUAACGACCAGCUUCACGAAUCUGUUUUAAGCUUACAGGCGGCAACCGGAAAGCCAACCGCCACAUAUGGUGAAUGGUACGUUUACCUGAACGUGGGUUUACGCAAACUCUUUCACUGGAUCUUCGUUCUUGCAAAUACUUCAAUGACAAUCAUUGGUAUGGACCCGCUACAACACCAAAAUUUACUCAUUGAUACACGCAAACGAAGGCUAGUAGACGAAAACACUAAUUUAUCUGUUUGCGUAACUUCUUCCUGUUGCAGAAUAUCUAGUCACAAUUAGACACAAUAGAUCCAUUCUAUCAGCCAUUACUCUAUAAGCAUCUUGGGACAUACUAACCGCAACCGAAAUUGCUGUGUGUAACCAGCAAUGUUACACAUCACAUCACGACUACAGGACCACAUGUAUUCUCGAAAGAACACAGACUGGCUCCCGAAAAGCUGAGGUUGGCCGAAAACGAAUUCCACCACAUGAUACAGUUAGAAAUCAUUCGACCGUCAAACAUCCCAUAGGCAUUUCCCUUGCACAUGGUCCCUAAAAAGACAGCAACGAUUGGCGUCCAACUGGUGACUAUCGGUUUUUGAAUGCAAAAGCCAUUCCCGAUCGUUACCCGUUGCCUCACAUUCACGAUUUGACAGCUACCUUGAAAAGUACAACUGUCUUUUCGAAAAUCGACUCGGUUGAAGCCUAUAACCAAAUCCCUAUGCCUACUGACAAUAUUUCAAAAACCACUAUUACCACUCCCCUCGGUCUUUAGGAAUUUCCGCGAAUGCCUUUUGGCCUAAGAAAUGCUGCCCAGACUUUGCAAAGGUUCAUAGAUGAUGUUUCUCGAGGUCUCAACUUCGUACAUGAGUAUGUGAAUGACUGCUAAAUAUAAGUCUGGACGGAGAAUCCCAUCUCCAGCAUCUGGACUGGAACUGUGAAAGCAUGGCAUUACUGUAAACGUUCGGAAAUGCCAAAUCGGAACCAACUCCUUAGAUUUCCGAGAACACGCUAUUGAUGCUCAAGGCAUCCGAUCCCCUCGAAGCAAAAUGGCGGUCACUCUGGAUAACCCAAAACCGACCACUAUUAAGCAAUUGCGCGCAUCUAACAGUUUCUAUAGACGGUUCAUACCAAAAUGCGCGUCCGUCAUGAAACCGCUAACCGACCAACUUCGUGGAAAUGCAAAAUUCAUAUAUUUGGACAAUACCGCGCGAAAAGCAUUCUCCACAGUUAAUGAACUUAUCGCAGAGGCAACCAUGCUAGCACAUCAGGACACUGAAGCGCCCAUUAGUAUCGCAGUAAACGCAUCCAACUCAGCAAUCGGAUGGUUCUUACGACAAUGGGUUAACCGCCCCUGACAACAUUUGACAUUAUUCUCGAGACGGUUACUAGACACUGAAUGGAGUUGUAGCACUUUCGAUAGGGAACUCAAAGCCAUGUAUUGUGCUGUGCGGAACUUGCAACACUAUUGAAUACCGAGAAUUCACUGUUUACUGAUCAUAAACCGCUCACCUUUUCAGACAAAUACUCACAGAUAUCAAACGAAAUCUUUGGAGUGUAAUCCACUACUUAGUGAUUGUGCAUCAUUGUUUUACAUACGCCUGUUACCCCUUGUGAAGUCUAGGUCACCCACCAGUAUUCUCAAUCGAACUCCGUGCUGGGCAAUCCUUUCCAGCUGCUAUUCAUUUUCAUGUCUGCCUCCAACAUCCGGUGUAACGCGUUAUUUGGCCUGCCUCUUUUGCUUUCUCAUUGAGGUUGUCAAGUUAGGACUUGCUUUGUGAUACAGUUUGUUGAUUCCCACAAUGUCAUAUCUACUUGCAGCGUCUCCUCCUGAUUCCCUAUUCAGUUGGAAGCUGCUUUGUUCUCUCUCCCAGUAGACUGCUGCUGAUAGUAUGCGGCCAACAAACAUUGAGUAUGCUGCGUAGAUAGCUGUUUAUAAAUACCUGUACACCUUUCAUUUUGGUUGUAGUAGUUCUCUAAGCCUCAACUACGCACAAUAGAAAUUUCUCGACGUCCGUAUUUAAGAUUAUGGCUUCGGUCUCGGGUGACGGUUGUUUUUAAUUCCAAGUGAUCUUCGAUUGUAGGAAUGCUGCCCUUGCUUUGCCAAUCCUCAUCUUCACGUAUGCAACCGCACGUCGACAUUCUUGUUCGUUUCCCCCAGUCGUCAAUGUCGUUCUGUGAUAUCUUCAUACCCGGUGUUGUCCAUUCCGACUUUGGUAUUCAUGUUUCUCAUCAAUAUGAUCAGGUAUUUUUCUGAGCAUUUCCCAAUGGUCGAUUUCAGUCUCUUGUAAAACUUAUUUUUGUCAUCGUCAUUGGUGGAUGCAUAACAUUGGGUAAUAUCCAUUGUGAUCUCCUCCCUCGUUGUUUUGAAUGAUGCUUUGUUGAAUGUUGAUCCAUAAGGUUCCCGUUCUAUAAGUGUAUUUCGUGAUUCUUUGGACAGCAUCAGAACAAGUCCCUGAGUGUACGAAGCGAUUUCGUCUUUGUAACCCGUGUACAACAGCAUCCCACCAGAGUCUAACCUUUGCUGUCGAGCUUAGGUCAAAUGUGUUUCACUGAUUCCGAGAACUGUCAAGUUGUAUCACCUCAUUUUCUCAGCUAUUUGAUUGGUCCUCCCGGUCUCCCACAUUGUCCGGGCACUUCAUGUACCCAUAUUAAUUGUUGCUCUGGUUGUCAGAAGGGGAAUUGACCUCGUGACUUCGGAAGAAUCUCGUCUUUCACCACGAGGCGUCAUAAUUCUUCUGAAUGAAGAUCUUUCAACUCGGAGAACAGAGUUUAAGUGGUUCGAAUUGUUUAUUGUGGUUAGCGUGUUUCAGUGAGGUUGUUUUCUACGGGAUGGGGUUACUGAUACCUAUGCCCAAACCUUCUCGUUUACCUGUGCUUGGUGCGGACAGUAAGUCUAGGUGAACCUGAAGCGGAGUUGACAUAAUUUUUACCUGUUAUUUAAACAGCCUUUAAAUAAGCUAAAUAGUUGUUAUGCGUCUACUGAUUCUCGAAGAUCCUGAAGAAGUUGCAGUAUGGGCUGCUAAAUACGUAAUGAAAAAGAUAACUGACUUUAAGCCAUCUGAAUCGAGAUACUUUGUUCUUGGUCUUCCAACCGGUUCAACUCCUUUGGCUUAGUUUCCGUUAUGUGAAAACCUUUAAUAUGGACGAGUAUUUGGGGUUGUCUCACGAUCAUCCACAAUCUUACCAUUACUAUAUGUAUCAUAAUUUUUUCAAACAUAUAGAUAUAGAUCCGAAAAAUGUGCAUAUACUCAAUGGAAUAACUGACGAUCCAGAAGCUGAAUGUGAAAUGUUUGAAAUGGAGAUUAAGAAAGCUGGAGGUAUUCACUUAUUUGUUGGUGGAAUAGGCCCGGAUGGCCACAUCGCUUUUAACGAGCCAGGUUCUAGCUUAGCAUCUCGUACGCGAGUCAAAACGCUGGCGAAGGAGACUGUUGUAGCUAAUGCCAGAUUUUUUGGAGAUAAUCUGUCUCAGAUUUCGAGUAUCAUAAAUGUUAUAUUUAUUAUCCUUGCCAUGUCACAAGACAUCUCUAUAUCUAUUCUUCAAAUGGGGUUCCUCUUAAGGCAGCUACUACAGGUCUGGGAACAGAUAUCGUCGCCGCACUAGUCACAAUUCCCGAACUCCUAUAUGCUCGUAUCACAGAAAUCAGGUUCCUGAGCGUUGUUUGACAGUGGGAGUUGGAACGGUAAUGGAUGCUAAUGAGGUUAUGAUUUUAGUCACUGGAACUUCUAAAGCAUUAGCAUUACAGAAAGCAAUCGAAGAGGGAGUAAAUCAUAUGUGGACAGUAUCUGCUUUCCAGCAUCAUAAGAAAUCUAUAUUCGUUGUUGAUGAAGAUGCGACAAUGGAACUUCGCACAAAAACUGUUCGUUAUUUUAAAGACCUAGACAGUAUUCAUCGCAAGCUAAAUGAAAUAUCAUUUUAGUCAUGCUUUGCUUACAGAUGUCCUGGUGAUUUUAAAUAAAACAUUGCAGCAAUUU